UAACGUGCCAUCGCCCCUCUGCAACCGUUCUCCACCCUCUCGCAGAUCCCGACCGUCUCUCCGGCGACCACAUCACCAGCCCGCUCAUUCUCCACCGCGAAUCCGAAGAUGGGCAUUUCCGGCGACAGCGGGAGGGGAAAGGCGAAGCCCGCGGGCAAAGCGAAGCGCAGGACCUGGUCGUGUAAGGCCGGUCUGCAGUUCUCCGUCCGCCGCAUCGCCAGGCACCUCAAGGCCGGCAGGUACGCGGAGCGCAUCCGCGCCACCACCUCUGUCUACCUCGCCGCCGUCCUAGAGUACCUCGCCUUCGAGUUCCUGGAACGCGCGACAUCGUGGCGUCGGAAAAUAAUAGGACCCGGAUCACGCCACGCCUCAUCCAGCUGGCGUUGGACAAAGACGCUGAGAUGUGUCAACUGGUGGGGCACGCCCUCAUCUCCGGCGGCGGGAUGCCGGCCGAUAUCGACGCCAUGCUCCUCUACAAUUUGACGGAUUUGCUAGCGGUGAUCCAGAGAGAGAUGGCAAUGCCAUCCGUAUAUUCCUUGAAGAUGGACACCAAAUUGAGGAAUAACAUGGUACUUGGUCAGGUUUUAGAGCAUGCUCCAAGUUCUCAUAGUUGUGAAAGCUUUGCUAUAUAUAUGUGAUUGGAGGAAUUAUAUAGUUGGUGUCUUGAUGAAAAUUCUUAUUUCUGGUUAAUAAAAUCAUGUUAUUG